AUGUCUUCGUUUCCGAGUUCCGCAGAACGAACGGUUGCAUCGUCUCUGCUUCUUCUCAACAACACACCUCCCUCUCCCUCGCUUUCUACUCCAAAGUUUCGCUCUGAUUCAAGCGAUGCGGUUCCAGAGAGAAGAAGCAGCAGUAGCAAGAGUUUCAGGGAAAUCUCUGUUUCUUACGUUUCUAAUAAAUCCUCAUCUUCCUCGCUCACCAACGACGAUGGUGAUUCCUCGGAGAAAGAGAUCAAAUCGCGUACCGUAUCGUACUCUGCUUUCGCGCGUUACAGUCAGAUGAAGCUUAAGGUCGAUUCUAUAUUUCUGCGUACCUUAUUAUGCAUGAUUGUUGUUGAUUCUGGCGAUUUUCUGCUCUGCUCUGUUGGAUUUGAUCAUGUUCAAUUAAGUUUUAGGGAGGUCGGUAUUGCGAGGAAGAUAAGGUCGAAGGUCACGUGGACAUCGUCGUGCCCCGGCGACCGGGAACCUAACGCUGGAGAGGCGGCAAAGAUGCUCUCUCCUAUUUCGGGCUCUGGCGAGGCCUCGUCCUGUAUGUCGAGCAGCUCGAGCGGCAUCUCCAGCGCGCGAAGCUUGCGCUACGCUAAAAGAUGCAGAGGCACGACUGUUGAGCGUGUGGCCGGGAUCGGACGCGAGACGGCGGCGCCGUCGCGUUGCGUUGCCGGAUCGCCGCACCUGAGACGGCGCGGCGAAGCCAUAAUGAAGUUGCUCUCUUGCGGUGGCUCAUCUGAAGUGAAGAUCCGUCAAAUGCUCGGUGACAGCCCCGACACUAGCAAAGCUCUACGAAUGUUGCUGAGGGUGGACGCUGUGAAAAGAACAGGCUCGGGCGGGCGUUAUGAUCCUUAUGUUUACACGAUAAGUGGAUGA